UUUGUACUGUCUGCGACUCUGCAAUAAUACUGAGGAGAAGUAAUGAAGUUGCAAACAAAAGAGAAAUGAAGCGUCGGUGUCAAAUCUCCCUAUUUUACGGUAACUUUAACAAUUAAUCUAAUUGGAGAAACCAACAAAUGAUGACUUGUUUUCCAACGAAUGUGUGUCACUAGAAUUACCGGCCAUUAACCACCACAAACGCCUUAACUUAACUACCACCUCCGCCCCUGGUUGCCGGUGGAAGAAGAUGGUCAUGGCCGUGGCUUUGGCUUCGCCGCCACUUCCUCUGCCACCAUCACCAAUCAAGUUCGCACUAUCAUCACGCCGGAGCUGCCGUUGCACUUCCACACUCUCUCAGGGUGAUCCCAUUUCUUCCCCGCCCACCACUUCCACCACCUACCGCCCUGCUGUCAUUCUUCCAGGAUUGGGGAAUAAUACAAAUGACUAUCAGAAAUUAGCCCUUGUUUUGAAAAAUUAUGGGGUUCCCACUGUGAUUGCGAAGGUUUCAAGAAUUGAUUGGCUGAGAAAUGCUGCUGGCUUGCUCGACUCAAAUUAUUGGCGAGGCACUCUCCGCCCUCGACCCGUUCUUGAUUGGUAUCUUAAAAGGAUCGAAGAAGCUGUUAAUGAUGCAAAGGAACUGGCUCAAGGUUCAACCUUAUCUUUGAUUGGGCACUCAGCGGGAGGAUGGCUUGCCCGUCUUUACUUGCAAGAAUUCGGGAUUUCUGAUGUUUCCCUGUUGUUGACACUAGGAACCCCGCACCUUGCACCACCUAAAGGCAUAUCUGGAGUCAUCGAUCAAACUAGGGGCCUCCUGGAUUAUGUCGAAAAGCAUUGUGCUAAAGCUGUCUACACCCCAGAGUUAAGAUAUGUUUGCAUUGCAGGAAGGUACAUACAAGGGGCCCGUCUACUUGGAUCUAGUGAUGGCAAUAGUUCCGCAGCUAUAGUGGAAAUUGAUCAACCAGUUGGUGAAAUGACUGCCAUUGGUGCAUCAGAACCAGCAUCUACCACCUUGCAAGCUCGAUUUAUUGGUCAAGGAUAUAAGCAGGUUUGCGGCCAAGCAGACGUAUGGGGCGAUGGAGUUGUGCCGGAGAUGUCUGCACAUCUGGAAGGUGCGCUGAACAUCACUCUGGAUGGAGUUUACCACUCUCCUGUUGGCUCUGACGAUGGAACAAGACCAUGGUAUGGGUCUCCUGCAAUCGUUGAACAAUGGAUACACCACCUCCUCAACUAAUUGUGUGUCUACGCACUCAAGAAAGAGCAAUUACUCGUGCUGACAUUUUUUCACUAACUUCACCAGAUGUUUGGAGCGGAUAUAUUUCUUGAACUAUUGGUUUCUUCUCCAUCUAAUUGCAAUAGUGUAUGUUGAAGUUUUAUGUGCCCAUUGUACUUUUCAUUUUUAUAUGAUGCCCAUUUUCUCAUCUC